AUAGAAAGACAUCUUCUGUCAUCCAUUUCACUUGUCUUCUCCUCACUCAAAACACUAUAAAUUCACAAUACGACCUUCUUCACCUUCACUUAUUUCAAGGUUCGAAUCUAACUUAAAAACGAACAUAAAAGUUUCAAGUACCCGAUGAAGAGAAAAGACCAAGAUACCCAUUUGGACACGUUGAGCAAAAAGAAGUACAGAGGAGUGAGGAUGAGAAGCUGGGGUUCAUGGGUUUCUGAAAUCCGAGCACCUAAUCAGAAAACAAGAAUAUGGUUAGGCUCACAUUCAACACCGGAGGCUGCAGCCAGAGCCUACGACGCUGCUCUUUUGUGUCUCAAAGGACCAUCGGCUAAUCUCAACUUCCCUCCCCAUAACUACCACCACCUCCACCAUUCAACCACCGCCAUGUCUCCCAAAUCAAUCCAAAAAGUGGCAGCAGUAGCAGCGGCGACCGCUGAGCCCACCACCACGAGUUCAUCAUUGCCGUCGUUACCCUCUUCUCCAUCUUCAUCGUCUUUGCAUUUACCAACGACUCCCGUUGGUAAUGAAAUCAUGUUGGAAAGUGAUUUUUUUGAGACGACUGUGUAUGAACCAUGGUCUUGGUGCAACUUGGAUGCACCGAUAUAUAAUGACGUAAUGUUCGAUGAGUCAAUGCUGGAUCCUAUGUGUUCGUUGUUGAUCGAAGAUGUUUAUGAAGAUGUUGGUGAUAUUCCUCUUUGGAGCUUCUGCUGAAUUUUUGGUGCUGCUGCUUCAUGUGGAAACAAAUUAUUAAAUAUUAUUAAUUCUUUAUUCUUUGGGUGAUCUUCCUAUUAAUUUCUUGAAGAUCACUGUUUAAUUUAAAUUAAUUUUGACAAAUUCUGCUGCUUUUAAUAAUCAAAGAAAAUUUAUGUA